AUGAAUCCUUCUUCUAGGCUUGACGAUCCAAAAGAAGAAUUACCCAUCGUGUACUCCGGUACGAUGGGCCAGCAAUUGCAGCCCAACGCCUUGAUCACAACGUCCACUUUGGCAGAAUCUCUAGCCUCGGCGGAGUCUGCAAAACGUAAAAGAGCCAAGUUCAGUUGUCAAACGUGUCAUCGGCGCAAAGUCAAGUGUGAUAUCUCCGCAAAGAACGAACAGCUUUCGGAGGUGACAGACUUUGCCAGCAUGGGAUCGUUUGUUCCAUGUACUAACUGUAAAUCAAGUGGUAAUACAUGUCAAGUGUUUGAACGCAAAAAGCUCUACAAUACAAAGAAAAAACGUUCUUUGUCCAGCCAGCCAAUGAUGGACGAUCUGCCCGCCAGAAAUCCGUCCAUGUCGGAGCCUCCAUACACAGCCUCCACAGAUCACGUCACUUUGAAGCUCGCCAAGGUCCUCGGCGAGCAGAUCCCAAGGUACGUCUUACAAAGAAGCCAGCCAAACAAGCUUUUUCUGAACGACUAUCUCCAGCUGAUCGACACCAAAGCACUAAUCAACGAACAUAUCAGAUUCGGAGCAAUUGCUCAAAUCAAGUCCCAACAGAUCCCGCCAAUCGAGAUAUGUUGGCAACUAAUAGAAAGGUUCUUCCUUAAACUCAACUAUAGACUGCCAAUCGUCAACAAAAGAGCGUUUCUGGAAAGGAACAGCGACCUCAAGUCGCCGCCUUCUCUGCUACUCCUGUUAACAAUUUUGUUUGCGGGGGCCAGAGAUAUGGACGCCGAAAAAAUGAACAUUGAACAACGUAAACAACA